AUGUGGAUUAUCCAGUCUGAGGAAGAUGAUCUUGGUAAGAUCAUCUUGGAUUAUGUGAAAGAAAUUAUAUCUUUCAGUAGUGCUAACAGUUUUAUAGUUACAUCUUUAGAAUCAAACCAUACGUAUAACUUUGGCAGAGCAGACGACAACGACUUCAUUUUGAGAAGUCAGGCAUCCUCAAGACAUCAGUUCUCGAUCGUGAUAGGGUCAAUUGGCGAUACGAAGGUUGACAAUAGCUCUAAAAUUACACCGUUACAAAUAGAAUUCAAGUCAAGAGCGAAGACGAUUGUCAAUGGAGAAGUUUAUCGUUUAAGCAAAAAAAGUACUUCUAACAUAAAGAAAGACCUUACUUCUUUCUCAAAUAUCAAAAUUGAAGUGCCAAAGACAAGCUACAAGGACUCUACUGAUGAUAGUAGGGCAGUGGAAUCAAAUAUUACUUGGAGCAUUAGUUGGCACGAUUUUAAUGUACUUGCCUAUUCUGGAGAUGGUGCCUCUAAUAAGGGGCUGAAAUCAUCCGAUACCUUAGUCAAUGACUUGAAAGAAAUUCAAAAUAGUGGCAUAGAUGUGAGGAUUACCAAAGAUCCGCUUAUUGCUACACAUUACUGCACUUCAACAGAUGCGCCUACCGAAGCUCUUAAAAUGUCAAUACUGAGAGCAAUUCCUAUUCUCAAUGAAAGUUGGCUAAGUUAUAUUAGAGAAAACAUAAAGAAUGUUGAUGAUUGGUUUGUGCAUCUAGAUCCUCGACGUUUUCUUCCAAUGUCGAAGUAUGAGCUGAACAAUAUAUAUUUGGUUCCCAACGUGAUGCGAUGCAAAUUAUUUGAAGGUGUGGUUGUAGUGUCCUUUGAUAAGCAUCUCAAUGGUGAUUAUUCUUGGAUCGAAGCUGCUUCGGGGACUACCUUUAUGUUCAAGAAAUCGGACAUCUUCAGAGAUGGGGCUAUAGAAAAUGAAAAGCUAAAGGAGAUACUUGAAAGUCGAUUUGCUCAAAAAAGAUUCAUUCUCCUUAAGACUGACCCAGAUGACAAAGGAAAUGACAAAUUCAAUGUUUCCAUGGACGCAUGUUUGUCACUGAUGGGCUCACAACUUGUUGAGGAAAGCAUUUUAUUUCAUAGCCUUGUGGACUGCUCGAGGAGCAAGAUUGAAACUUUCAGUUUCGUAUUCCAUGACUACCAAAGGAGAAAGAGAAGAAAGUACGAGAAAAUUAAUAAGAUGGAUCUUCUUGAUUUUUCUAGUCCACAGCCAACACAAAACAAUGCAGAACGAAUCGAAGAAACAAGCGAGGAACCAAGCGAAAAACCAGGUGAAAAACCAAGUGAGAAGCCAAAUGAGAAGCCUGCUGCUAAUGAUCAAACAGUAGAAUCUCAUAACCCAGAGCUGAACAUUUCACAGGAAGCUCUAGGAUCCUCUGACACCACCGUUGGCAGACACGUGGAAUCCCACCGACUGGCUGGAGAUCUCCAUCAGAAAGAGUUCAACGAAAAUGAAAAGCGACAAAACGCUGAAGAUAAUCGGCAUGAUAUUAAGAGACAGAAAACUUUGAAAAAUACGACGACAACUUUUGUUGAUGCUAUCAAAGAAGCGAAAAAGAUAGCAACUCAGAAUAUGAGCGAUCAGCUAGGAACUGACGAUGGAAAAUCUCUACUAGUCAACGAUUUAAAAGAUUUGACUGUAGUUGAAAUUGUACCAAUGAGGCUACGACAUGCUCCAAAAACUGCCACGAAAGAUUAUGGACAAGGAAGAAAAAACUUCAAAAGAUUCAAGAAACAAACUAAAGAUAAUAGAGCACCUAAAGAAUAUGUUCAACUCAAGCCUUCAUAUUUUGAAAACAACUAUGAUUCAUUUUCACAUCCAAUGAACCGCAUAACUGGUGUAGAGGAAAGACUAGAGAACGAUUUCAGAGGUGAAAUGGACGAAGUUAGGGGGCUAAAAGAGUCCAAAAUUAGGAGUAACACUGCUUCUUUCGAUGGCAGCCAAACUGAAAACUCUGAAAACGGUUUAUUUAUUCCUGAAGAUGAAUCUCAAGAAAUGCCUGCAUCGUUAGAUAGAUCAACCACAAUAGGUCAAAAUACUAAUAGAAGUAAGGUGACUAACAAGCAUGAUGAUCAAGAUAAUGAUGACGAUGACGAUGAUGACGAUGAUGAUUAUGACAUUCAACCAAGAUUUGGCUUUAGUAGGACUGAUGCCAAAAGUAUAUAA